UGUUAGAUGGCAUGGUACAGAACAGCUCUGUGGUUCUGGCUCUUAGCAGCAGUGUAUGAGACAUGCUGCUCUUCUCCUAGUAGUUUGUCCAGCUCGCUCAGCCUGACCCGCGCCGUCCGCUCCCGCGUCCAGCAGCUUCUCCUCAGAUACAAAGAAGAACAGUUUGGUGAUACACACUUUGAUGACAAGAGGAUUGCAUUAAACACACUACCAUCAGUCACCAUAAACUAUCGGACCUGGCUGCAGAUGAAGGACACUGAGCGCUUGUACCGCGCUUCUCGUGACCUCCAAUCGUUCUGGACUCACCUGGAGAGCCAGCGUCAGAAACUGCACGGGAACAGUGACGGAUCUGGAGAGACCGGGGUGAAGAAGCGAAACAGGCGAGGAAGGCAGAGUCAAUCCUUGUCCGAGAGCAUUCUGGGAAUCCAGCUGGACAUCCGGGACCUCAUGAGACAAGUCAACUCUCAGCUACACAGCAUAAGCACGUUAAAGAAUGAGGAUGACAACACGCACACACCUCCUCCAACCACCACUUCCUCUUCGACCUCGACCGUGUCUUCGCCCGGCUCUGCUCGCCCUGCUCUGGAACCGAUCCGGUCCUCCACUCUCCGCACCAAGGACGUCCCUCAGUCAGUCACUCCGCCCAGAGAGGACGCGUCUUCUCCGGUCGCGGUGCAGCAGAACGCUCCCGAGCCUGUCUCGUCUCAGUGGGUGUCCGUUCUCGAGGGCUACGUCAUCCUCCGUGACCUCGAGCGGUACCUAAGCAGACUAGUGAGGGAUUAUACGCUGCUGCGGGCUAAAUCCUGA